UAAAUUGCAAAAUGUAGUUACAAAACACGGAGUCAUAAACCACAACUAUCGAAGUAUGUUGUUUUAUAAAAUUUAGAUAAUUUUGUCUGUUGUCAAUUUUGGAGAUGGCGUCCAAAUUAGUUUGGCACCUGAUUCGUCGCAGAUAACACCUUAAAUUGAUACUUGGAAGAGAUAAUAAAAAAAUUACAGUAAAUAACAUUCCGAUAAGAAAAUAGUAGUAGAUAAGUUCGUAGCGAUUCAUGUUGUCAAAUCAGUGCUCUUCCGUCGUUAUAAAGAAUCUGGCUCAAAAUGUUUGGACGAAUCGCUAAGCUUUUUAAAGACCCUGAAUCGAGCGACUCCGACAUAAACCUGCUCCUAUUGGGCGGAACCGGCGUAGGCAAAUCCACAUUUAUCAAUUCAAUAUCAAAUUAUUUCAAAUACCCGGACUUCAAAUCGGCCCAAAAAGGAGAAAUCGAGGUUCUUAUCCCAGUCCGUUUAAACUUGUCGAACUCGAACGUCGUCUACGGCGAUCCGGACAAAAACGAGAUCCACGACAGCGGCAAAUCGGCGACUCAGCAUGUGAAAGUGUACUUAUUCCCCAUUAAAGUGGACAAUAAAGUGUACAAUUUGAGGAUAGUGGAUUCGCCGGGAGUGGGAGAUCCCAGAGGGAUCGAACAGGACAACAUCCACAUAGACAACAUCCUGGCUUACUUGUCCACGCUGAAAAAGCUGCACGGAAUUUGCUUCAUCAUGAAGUCCAACGAAACGAGGUUCACGAGCUUCGUGGAGUACUGCUUGAAGCAGAUGUUGACCCGACUGGACAAGAGCGCUAGUGAGAACAUCAUUUUUAUUACUACUUACAGCAAAUCGACUCAGUAUACUCCAAGAGACACGAAAAUCAACUGCUUGGAACCUCUGGUUAACAACAUCAAGUCCAAACCUCCUCACGUGGACAUCCCCUUGAACGACAGAAACGUGUUUUCGUUGGAUAACGAGGCGUUUAAAGCACUGUUGGAGAUACAAGAAGGGAAUAGGUACAAAAAUCACGAGAUGGACAGCUUCACCGAAAGCUGGAAAGUUUCGUCGCAAGAAUGCCGACGUUUGCUGACUUACAUCAUCGGUGAUGCACGCACCUCACCUUUGAAACCUCACGAAGUCGAGAAUACCAUCAGUAUUAACGAGGUGAGGUUUCUUAUAGAACAAUUGUCGACUCCCAUAGCUGAAGUGUCUGAAAUCAUCCAAGACAACCUGCUUUUGCUAGACAGACACAAGAAAAACUUAAACGUUGAAACCCAAUCGUUGGACCAACUGAGGCAACAGUUGUACAUACCGUGUGUUGAUCUAACCGUGACGGAAUUAAGCCAACCGGUUACUGUGUGCACGGAUACUAGCUGCGCGGAGGUGGUUAAGGUCAACAAUGUCACCCAAUGGCACUACGUGCAAAAGUGCCACAACCCGUGUUACCUUUCAGGCGUUCCCAGAGAGAUGGUCGGUGACCCAGGACUCACCCAUUGCUAUGCCAUGCAAGGUACCGAGAACUGCACCGAGUGCAAGUGCAGCUGGAGGGUUCACAUGCACAUCUACAAAUCCACCGAGAAAACCCAAACCCAGAAAGAGGACACCAACGUCCGGGACGCCAUCAAAAACAAAGAAGACGCUCGCGUCAAAAUAGAAAAUUUGAUGAAAGACUUGAACACCCGCAUGAGAGAACUAGAAGCAGAAGGCGACAUUAUUGCUGAAAGCGUCGCUAGAUUUUCGUUCUUUCUUCAAGAACACGCGCUGACGCCUUUUAAUGACGCCUACAGCGACUACAUCAAACAACUCAUCAAAAACGAGAAAUCGCUUGGGAAAUUCGGCGAUCCGAUGGUCAUCCAGAAGCUAGAACAACUCCUGCAGAAACACGAACAUUUACAAAGAACUUUGCAACAGAAUGCUAAAAAAUUCGCAGGUGCACCUCCGAAUUUGACGCCUCAAGCCAUCAAGAACAGCAUCAGCGACCUGUACAAGCUCAAACACAUGGGGGCGAAAAUAGAAGAACUCAUCAAAAAAUCGUCCGCUUGUCGAAACAAAGAAACGCAGCAGAAUUUUAACUGUGUGGUGUCUCCACAGGUCCAUUUGAAUGAUUCGCACUCGAUAUACGGGGGAAAUGAGCCUGUGUAUCAAGAAGAUCCAGAGUAUGAGUACGGAAGUCAGUAUUCGUACGGUAGAAGCGAAUAUUAUUCGCCGUACUACGAUAGCAACCGGUCGAGAAGAACUCGCAGUCCGUCGGCAAGCGAAUACAGUCGGUACGAAGAACGUCAGUACAGAGCACCAAGCUCUAGAUCUGGAAGAUCUUCCAGAAGUAGACAGUAUUCCGGCUCAGACGACGAAACCUAUUAUUAUAGAUCGCCAAUGAGCGAGUACUACGCUAGCAAAUCCACCACAAGUAAUAGACGCUCGUCGGAUUCAGACAGCAGCGGAACCUACACCUAUGUCUCAAGUUCCAAGUCGACCAGAGACCGUGGUUCAGACCACGACGCCUACAGUAGAUACACAUCUGGUUCUAGAUCAGUACGAUCUACCAGAAGCACACACGACACACCCGUUAAAUACCACACAAGUUCCAGAUCAGUCAGAUCAUCCAGUAGACGUUCUCAUUCAGACGACGAUACGUACUACGAACCAAGUUCUAGAUCAGUGCGAUCUACCAGAAGCCAACACCGCGGUUCAGACGAUGAAAAGUCAAUUCGAUCGUCUAGAAGUGACUAUUAUUCAACGGGACAUAGUCAGAGGUCUUCUAGGAGCAAACACAGUCCAGACUCCGCUAGAUCCCACAGGAGCAAUUAUUCUUCUGGCAGAUCGUCCAGACCGCAGCUGCCGCUUCCAGAUUCGGACGACCAUAAAUCCGGGCGUCACACAAGACCUAGCAAUAACUCCAGGCACGAAUCGGGUGACAAGUCGUCUAGACGACAUUCUAGGAAAUCCGAUGACGAAAAGUCCGUGCGGUCGUCCCGAAGCGAGUAUUACUCGAAGGGUGGACACUCCGAGAAAUCGAGCUAUGAUUCAAAGAGUGAAAGUCGACGCACAUCAGAUGGAAAUAGAUCGGACAAAUAUGACACUCGUAGGAGUCGGGAUAAGGGAAGGAGCGAAUCGAGUGAUUCGAAAAAGUCUCCAGUGAGUACGUACUACUCUCAACAAAAAAAGAAAAAUAAAUCUAGGAACGACGACCCCAUCUACGAAAAUGUCGAAAGCGAAGAAUGAGGCUUACGUAUUUUUACAUGUUAAUCAGAUUUGUAGUGGAUUUAAAUAAAUAUGUUUGUUUUA